AUGGGGCCAUCGUCGUCGUCGUCGGCAGCACGGAAGCGAACCAACACUCCAAAGAAACCCUUGACUAAGCCUCCACCUUCGAAGAAACCCGCCAGACCGAAUGCUAGCAUCUUGAAUUUUUUCCAAAAGGCCGAGAAGCCCGAACCUACUCUCUUCUUGGAUGGUCACGACAAGCUCGCAGUCUGCCAAAACGGAGAAACCGAUGAACCGGAGAUAUACGAUACUGAACCGUGGGAGGAGGAGGAGAGGUUCAACGAGGUCGAGGCCCCACUCAAGAAGAGAAGGUUAAGUCAAGAUGCAGAGGAAAUGGAAAGAGAACAGCUUGUGGAGAAGAAGUCUGAAAUACCUAUACAAUCCGACCCAGUUCCAUCAUCGUCAGCCUCGGAGGCGAAGCCUGCAAAGAAACAAUCGACGAAGCGUAAGGGUCCCUUUCUCGACGAUUCCGACAGCGAGGACGUAGUUUCGACAUAUAAGACGCCAUUCCUAGGCAAUAUGCCUAAUCGACCGCCCAUUAUCCCGCCCGUCCAUUCGGAGGUAAACAUAACACCUCCUGUCAAGUCAGAAGACGAAGGCUCAAUGCUGCCGGUUCUGACGGAGGGGGAGGAGGCAACACCCCCUAUCAAACAGACCAACUGCGCGCCACCGCCAUUGAAGGUUGAGAACUCAAUCGAUGCCGAGUUUGCAAAUGUUGACGAGUUUGGUGACCCAGACGAAUUUCCCGAUGACCGCGACUUUGGUGGCGAAGAGUACCGCAUGAUGCAGUAUAUGGAGGAGCAGGCUCGGUUGGAGGCUGAAGCUGAGAAUGGCGACACCGGAGAUAGCACUUAUGACGACUUCGACGCUCCUGCGCGACACAGUGAUGCCAUUGUGGCCAAUUGUCCAAUAUGCGACGGCAGCCUUGCUGGCAUUACAUCCGACGAGGCAACACGACAUGUCAAUGCCUGCCUCGAUGGCAACCCAAUCCCGCUUCCCCAGCCCAAAGAAAGCAAAAAGAUUAAAACACAAGUUAUUGCUAGACCGCCAAUCCUUGACUGUCCCGAAGUUAGCAAACGAUUCGCGCGCGCAGCUAUUCCUCGAGAAGGCCAGGCCAGCCCCUUCAACCUGAGCGAGGUAGAAAAUAAGCCAACCUCGGCUUUCAGCAAGUUGAUGUCAAGCCAUGCUGAAGACGCGGCAUGGUCCGGUGCCGCUGCCGCAGAACAAUCGGCACGCGGAAAGCCUGCGUAUCAGCGAACCUGUCCGUUCUACAAGAUCAUGCCUGGGUUCUACAUUUGUGUGGAUGCCUUUAGGUAUGGUGCGGUCAAGGGAUGCAAUGCAUACUUCUUGAGCCACUUUCACAGUGACCAUUACAUUGGUCUCACUGCGAACUGGACGCAUGGCCCUAUAUACUGCAGCAAGGUUACAGGUGACCUUGUCAAGAUGCAGCUGCGCGUUGCCGCCCACUGGGUCCGGCCUCUCGAGUUCGAUGAGACAGUUGACGUACCGGGCACCGAUGGCGUGACUGUAACUAUGAUACCAGCAAAUCACUGCCCAGGGAGCUCCCUAUUCUUGUUCGAGAAGACCAUGGGAAAGGGGCCGAGUGCAAAGAAACAAAGAAUACUGCACUGUGGCGACUUCAGGGCCUGUCCAGCACAAGUUGCGCAUCCUCUUUUGAAGCCCGAAGUGCAAGACUCCAUUUCUGGUAAGGUUCGGGAGCAAAAGAUUGAUGUUUGCUAUCUGGAUACAACUUACCUCAACCCCCGCUACUCAUUCCCCCCCCAGAACGAUGUCAUCAAGGCUUGCGCGGAUAUGUGCAAAUCAUUGGCUCCAGAUCAGCCACCGGGGUACAACUCUUGGGACAGAAUAAGCAGAGAGGCCGGUACGGAAACCGUCAGCAAGUUCUUCACCAAGACGAAUGUAGAAGGGGAGGCUUCGAACCCCAAGCCUAAGAAUGUCCCCAGAGAGCGCCUUCUUGUCAUCUGCGGCACCUAUUCGAUCGGCAAAGAGCGUAUCUGCAAGGCCAUCGCGCAGGCUUUGGGCAGCAAAAUUUUUGCUUCCAAGUCGAAGAUUCGGAUCUGCUCGAAACUUGGAGAUCCAGAGUUGACAGCGCUCAUGACAGACAACCCGUACGAAGCUCAAGUUCACAUGCAAAUGCUAAUGGAAAUCCGAGCGGAAACUCUGCAGGAGUAUCUCAACUCGUACAAGCCGCACUUCAGCCGCAUUGUCGGUUUCCGCCCCUCUGGUUGGAACUACCGACCACAAGGGGCCAGCAAAGCGGUCACGGCUAAUACACAACCCGGGACUAUUCCAACAACACAGAUCUUCCAGGGCAAGGCGUGGCGGUCACGGUUCGGAGCAAAGGACUUUGUGGCACAACGUGGCAGCACCAAGGAGGCCAUGUGCUUUGGAGUGCCCUACAGUGAGCAUAGCAGCUUUCGGGAGCUGGCGAUGUUUUUAAUGUCAUUGCGCAUCGAGAGGGUCGUUCCCACAGUCAAUGUUGGCAGCGAGGUGUCAAGGAAGAGAAUGAAGGGCUGGAUCGACAAGUGGCUAGCCGAGAGGAGGAAGGGCGGCCUCCUUCGUCCCCUCGAGGGGGAAGAGAAUGAAGGCACGGUGGUUACGCUUUGGGAUGGUAAAGACGGCCGCGGAGGAGGCGUUUGGUGGUGA